AUGGUAUCGACAACGGCAGACCACAACUACAAUGCGGGUACUGGCGUACUAGCAACAGCAUGGGCCUUUACUGCGGCUGCAAUUGUCGUCAUGGCACUCCGAGUAGUCGCCAAGGUCAAGAUUGCCAACUUCAACGUCGAUGAUGUUGUGAUGAUCAUUGCGCUUGUGUUCCUCAUUGCUAGCGCGGCUUGCGUUACUGUCGCGAUCCAGGCUGGCCUUGCUCGCAACCCCACAAUCACGCAUGAGCAGGAGGUGCAAGCCAGUAUAGGGUACCUGGUUUCGCUGUCUAUAAGCAUUAUCUCCUGCGCGACUGGCCGUAUCGCAUUCAUCAUGUACCUCCGCCGUCUAGUUCCACUGCAAUCGAAGACGCGGAUUGUCUUAUGGUUACUGCUGGGGCUCCAACCGCCCGUUAACCUGGUCCCGGUCCUCCUGAUGUACCUUCAAUGCAAGGACGUGGCCGCGGUCUUUGAUGCUACUAUAAGUGGGGGUGCUUUUAACUCAGCAACUGAUCUAUACCUCGCGACCUUCCCGAUCUACAGCUUCUGGAGCUUGCAACUCAGACUACGCAUCAAGAUCGUGCUUCUAUGCCUACUCAGUAUGGGUCUCUUUGCCAUGGUUGCCUGUAUAAUCAGGACGGUCAAUCUUUAUUCAAUCCGGGAAAGGGGAUACCCUGCAGUCGUGCAAGCCAAUCUGUUACAUUGGGUUUACGUCGAGGCAGGUCUGGUGGUGAUCACUUCUUCUCUUCCGUGCCUGCGGCCUCUCUUCGUGACGAUGCCGAAAGAUUUCAGUAGCUCACCGAGACCGGCGUACGAGCUCACUCCCUUAUAUGGACAGUCCGGCCACACUCGGUCUCACAUCACGUCACGCGCUCACACAUACAUCCGCGGAGAUGCCCACGAUGGCUGGGGUGGUGGAGACAGUGCCCGCCAGAUCCUGGAGGAGACACGCGGUGGGAUCACUAAGGAGACGACUGUGACGGUGCAAAGCGAGAAGCUACCAGCAUAA